AUGGGCAAUAAUCUAGCACCACCAUUCGCAAUAUUGUUCAUGCACUCUCUGGAAACGCGCCUUCUUGCCGAUUCACCGGUUCUGCCUGUGCUGUACAAACGGUACAUUGAUGAUGUGAUCAUUCUCUGGACCCACGGUGAGGAACGCCUCUUGGAGCUAAUACAGCACUUCAAUGCAGGACACGACCGACUCAAGUUCACCUACGAGCUCAGCAGUAGCAAAGGCUGGAUUGAUUACAUGGACGUGACGAUUGCCAUACAACAGUCGGGCCAGAUGACGUACAAGCUCUUCCAAAAGCCAUGCAAUAGUGGAUUGCUGAUAGACUACGCAUCUGCUGUACCUCAUCACAUCAAACUUGCCGUUGCCAAGUCUCAAUUCUUAAGAGCACAACGUCUGUCUUCCAAUGACACCAUGUGUAAAGAAAGUGAACAGAAAAUUCAAGACCAACUUCAACUCAACCACUAUCCAGAGAGCCUCAUCAUCAAUGCCCGAGAAGCAGCAAGGAAACCCAAGCGUCGCCGCCGAGGUAAUCCGUGUUGUGCGUUUCUGAAGCUGCCGUAUAAGUCGGACAGGGUGCAUCACAGCGUCAGCAAAGCUAUCCGGAAGCACAAGUUACCAGUCCGGGUGGUUUACGAGCAUGCGGGUAGCCUCAAACGUCAGCUCUGUCACUCAGCACAAAGUCCGCCCAGCUGCAUUAAGGAGCCCAACAUCAGAAAGACAAAGAGAAGAGGACGCCCAUUGGGGCCGUGUCUGACUUGUAAGUCGGGUGGAGUGAAAAUAUGUUUGAAGAAGAAUGUGAUAUACCGGCUGCAAUGCAAGUUGUGCAGGGAAAAAUACAUUGGAGAGACGGGUCGCACACUGGAGACAAGACUGGAGGAACACAACGGUGAGGCUCGUAGGCGCACUGUGGAUAAGCCAUGGGGUGACCACAUGCGAGCUAAGCAUGCAGGGAUCAACCUAGGUGUCGGGGACAGCAUCUUCUCGGCAGUGUCUGUGGUUGCAAGAGCCAGUGACAGGGCAAACCGCAAAUUGCGAGAGGCAGUGGAGAUCAGAAACGAAGGCCCAGAGAUCAACACCAGUACUGGAUGGUCAUUACUCUAA